AGAUGAAGGAUGGAAUGAUGGGAAUGUGCCAGGAGAUACUACUGUUGAAGGAACUGAAGGAGAACCUGGCAACAUUGCUGAAAAUGCAGAAGACCUGGAUGAAGUAGGUGAAGGAGAAAACAAGGAUGUACAGGUGGAGCAAGACAAGGACGCUGGAAAGGAAGAAGAAGAUGGAAAUGAAGAAAACACCAGUGGCGCAAAUAUGAAGGCAGGCAACAAUGAGGAUGUAAAUGAAGGUGAGUACAACAUAAAUGGACGGGAAGAAUACACGGAUGUGAAGGUGCAGGAAAGCAGUGAUGCCAGUGAACAGAGAAGCAGGGAUUGCACUGGGCAGGAAGAUAGUGGUGAACAUGGGAAUGAAGUAGCCCUUAGUGCCUUUGGUGAAAAUGAGGAAGAAAAUAAGGAAGUUAUAGAAGAAGAUGGUAAUGAUAGAAGCAAGGUUGAAGAACAAGGUGAUGUGAAUGUGGAGGAAAACAAGAAGGAGGAUAGAAAAGAAGAUGAGCAAGGUAAUGUGGCUGCCCGUGAAAAAGAAGACAGUGAUGGUGACAAGGAAGAAAGCGGCAGUGGUGGAACUGAAAACGGAGAAGACACCCGAGAUGCUGGGAAUGAGGGAGCCAUCCUUUUUUUGGAUCGCAUAGAGUGGCCUAUGGAGGACCUGGAGAGAGGUUGCUCAGUGACAGCUGAGCUGAUGGAGAUCUUCAGGCGUGUCUUUGUGGACAGGGUGAGCAAUAGUUUCUACCCAGUGCCUCAAGAAGCCAUUGGAGUGGGCAGUGCCUUUGAGGGUUGGAGUCCCCACGAGUGGGAUGGGGUGUAACGUGUGCUGGUCCCGCUGAAUCCCCCACCAGGGCAUGCCUUCCACCUAGAGCUGAACAAUGCAGGGCAGAUGGCAGCAAGGACCUUCAGCGUCCGCGUGGAGCUGGUGUGCACAUUUGGGAGGGAGCAGCUGGGCGAGAAGCUGUUGUGCUUCCUGCACCACUCACAGGAAGAGCUGUGGUGGAAGCAGAAGCGCAGCCUCCUGGAAACACUCUGCACCAGCUCCUACCUGGACAUGGAGAGGACCUCCCACAAGUUCCACCAGCUGGUGAGAUGCUCGUGGCUCCAUGUGCCUCAGUCAUACUCAUGGCACUUGGUGUUUCAGCCUGCAGCCGGUCCUGCCAAUUCCAGCUAAGCAAAGGCAAGAA